AUGACAUUAGCCCCAAAGUAUCUAGUCUCUCACACAAUUUCUGCAAGUAAAACGCUACAAAGUAACAGACCCCUGGCGCAUGUGGUAGAAUUGUAUUUGGACUACUGCUGCCCUUUCAGUAAACGUUUAUACUUGAAGUGGACUGCAGAUGUUAUACCUGUGAUAGAGAAGCAAUUGGGUAAGAAAUUUGAGUUCCGAUUCGUGCAGGUAGUUCAGCCUUGGCACCCAUCGUCCACGCUGAUGCACGAAGCCGGGCUUGCUGUUGCAUUGACGGAUGCGACGUUAUUCCAGGAUUUCAGCAAACUUCUUUUUGAAAGACAAGCCGAAUGGUUCGAUCAGGCUUGCUACCAGAAAUCUCGCAAGGAAAUGUACGAGGAACUAGCUUCUUUAGCAUCCUCAGUUGGUGUUUCGAAAGAUCAAGUAUUGAAACUACUGGCAAUUGACGAACAAGAUUUAGAGCCUAGCGGAAUUCCCAAAAAUUCUGGGAACGGAGUGACCACCAGCCUAAAGUAUUUCACGCGAUACCAGCGUCAGAACGGUGUCCACGUCACACCAACGGUUGCCGUCAACGGAAUAAUAGUGGAUAAUAUUGGAAGCGGUAACUCUCCAGAAGAGGUUAUAACCCUUCUGGAUGCUGCCACAUGA